UAUUUUGAUAAUUGUCUCCCUGUCUCGUGGAAGUUGUUGGGACAUUAUUAUUGCACCCCACAACAAAGCUGAUCAAGCUCCUGAAUAAUGACAGAAGUGAAUGACAUUUAAAUGGCUAAAUUAUUGAUGACCCAAGAAUGUGAUCAACACAUUUAAUUCAUAAUGACAGUUAUCAUUAAUGGCAUCUCCGAAGUGAAGUGGUCAAGUCAGUUUUAUUUACAGAGCCCACUAUCCCAAAAUCUCAAAUUUACCUUUAGGGGCUAUACAAUCAUCUGUAUGGCAUUCAGUGCCUUUAGAAUGUAAAUAUAGAUAUAGGAAAAGAAAAUCUUUCCCCAAAAAACAAUGGAAAGCAAUGGAAUUAACUUCAGCAGGAGCAAAAGAUCUGACUGAGAGGUGGGCAGAAGAGAGGGUGCAUUUCCAGAAACAAGUUGCUCCGCAGAGGCCCCGUUAUCUCAGCUCAAGAUGUACAGCUUCAUGGGAGGGGGCCUGUUCUGUGCCAUCGUUGGUAAUAUCCUGCUGGUGGUCUCCACUGCGACGGACUACUGGAUGCAGUACCGUCUCUCCGGGAACUAUGCCCACCAGGGUCUGUGGAGGUACUGCAUGUCCAACAAGUGCUACAUGCAGACGGACAGCAUAGCUUACUGGAACGCCACCCGGGCCUUCAUGAUCCUUUCAGGGAUGUCGUGCUUCGCAGGCAUCAUCGCUGGCAUCAUGUCCUUCGCUCACUUCUCCUCCUUUGAACGGUUCAACCGCUCCUUUGCUGCAGGAAUCAUGUUUUUUGUCUCCACUUUCUUUGUUCUGCUGGGUAUGGCCAUUUAUACUGGAGUGACAGUCAACUUCCUCGGGAGGCGCUUCGGUGACUGGCGCUUCUCCUGGUCCUACAUACUGGGCUGGGUGGCCAUGCUCAUGACCUUCUUUGCAGGUAUUUUCUACAUAUGCGCCUACAGAAUGUGUGAAUGCAGGAGAGGAAACGGCCCGCGCUAGUGGGAGACAGACGGUUUGUUACAAAAAAAAAAAAGAAAAAAAAGAAAAACAAAACAAGACAGGAGGACGCUUCGGCUUGAGGAAUAACAGAAGGCAAUCUGGACUGAUCUACUGAAGAGAUGACGUCCCAUGGUGCUCCUGGAGGCCUCUGACGGUCUGCCCGACACGUUUUUACCAAAAGUCAUACUCUUGCAAUGUGGACUUGAAUUUUUUGUUGGAAAGUCGUGAUGGUAGCACGGAGGAAAAACUUUAACCUAAUAAAGCUAAUCAUGCGUCUGUUGUCUUUCACGGGA